AUGCAGGAGAAGAAGUUUGAUGUGGCUCGUAGGGCAUUAAAUAUCUUGCGUUUAGCAUUGUUAUGGGCACGAAAGGGCGGAGUCUUCAAACGCCGCAUAAUGGUGGAGCUACGUCUUCUGCCCAAGUUUAUUCGAAGCCUUGCUCACAGCUCUCGGCGCGAUGAUCGAAUCCAUUAUACAGAGCGCGAGCUCUCUUUCGACGAGACCCCCAUUUUCCACGUCAAAAUGCACCGACCAGGCCGCUUGCGGUUCCACCUGCCUAACAUUCCAUGCAUUACCCCACAAGUUGAUUUCGACUACGAUUUUGCUGGUGGUGAUGAUCAUGAUGAUGUUUAUGGCUAUGAUCAUGAAGAGCAAGAUGAAGAUCAAGAUCAAGAGGGUAGCUAUGGGGUUUGUGAAGAAGAUCAAGAGGAAGAUGGGAUUGAUCUGAGAGCCGAAGAGUUCAUCGCUAAAUUCCAUGCGCAGAUGAAACUGCAGAGACAGAUUUCGUAUUUGCAGUACAAAGAGAUGCAAAAUAGUUAA